UGGCAGUACAGAGUGUAUAGAGUCCAGUCUGCUGCGGGAAGAAGUUGUGCAACCAGUAAAACCACCGAGGAGUGAGUGGAGAAAUCCACAGACGUCACAUGAGAUUUCCCGGAACUCUGACUUCUCCACAUUUCUCUCUGAAAGUUGAUCCGCUGCACCGACUGCGAGCUGCUGGAGCCUUAAACUUCACACUUUAAUGCCGGUAUGUACGGUGUGUCUGUAGCGCCAGAGCCUGAGGGUAGGAGUCAGAUACUGGAUUCACAUGGCGGCUCGCUGUCAUCCAUGUGAAUGUGAACAAAUCUGAGGCUGGUGCUGAGUGUCAUUAUGAGAUGUUGUCUCCAAGCGCCUCCUUCGUGCAAAUCAAGUUUGAUGACAUCCACUUCUAUGAGAACUGUGGCGGCGGCAGCUUUGGCAGUGUGUACCGAGCCAGGUGGAUCUCCAAAGACAAAGAGGUGGCAGUGAAAAAACUGCUCAAGAUUGAAAACGAGGCUGAAAUCCUCAGUGUCCUCAGCCACCGAAACAUCAUCCAGUUUUAUGGCGCAAUCGUUGAGGCUCCCAACUAUGGAAUAGUCACUGAGUAUGCGAGCGGGGGAUCCUUGUAUGAUUACCUGUCCAGUGAUGAGAGUGAGGAAAUGGACAUGGGACAGAUCAUGACAUGGGCUGCAGAGAUUGCCAGAGGAAUGCACUAUUUACAUUCAGAGGCCCCCAUUAAGGUGAUCCACAGAGACUUAAAGUCCAGGAAUGUUGUUUUGGCAGCAGACAAGGUUCUCAAGAUCUGUGAUUUUGGGGCGUCCAAGUUCCUGACCCACACGACACACAUGUCCUUGGUGGGCACGUUUCCCUGGAUGGCUCCGGAGGUGAUCCAGAGCCUGCCUGUGUCUGAGACUUGUGACACUUUCUCCUACGGUGUGGUGCUUUGGGAAAUGCUAACCCGUGAGAUUCCCUUCAAAGGCCUGGAAGGUUUGCAAGUGGCCUGGCUCGUAGUGGAGAAAAAUGAGAGGUUAACCAUCCCCAGUGGUUGUCCUGCCAGCUUUGCUGAGCUCAUGAGGAACUGCUGGGCAACAGAGCCAAAAGAAAGGCCAAUGUUCAAGCAGAUCCUCUCUACUUUGGAGUCCAUGUCUAAUGACAGCCAACUUCCUCAACAGUGCAACUCUUUCCUUCACAACAAGGCUGAAUGGAGGUGUGAGAUUGAAGCCACACUUGAGAGACUUAAGAAGCUGGAGAGAGACCUGAGUACCAAAGAGCAGGAGCUGAAGGAACGAGAGCGGCGUCUAAAGAUGUGGGAGCGCAAACUCAUCGAACAGUCCAACAGCCCGUUGCUGCCCACCCUUGACAUCUAUACAUGGACAGAGGAGCAUGUGUAUUUCUGGAUGCAGCAAAUAUUUGGCGCAGGGGAGGGCCCAUGUGACAUGCAACGGUAUGCAGACCUGUUUAAAGAAAAUCACAUCACCGGAAAGAGGUUACUGCUGCUCACGGAAAACGACAUGCGGGACAUGGGGGUCAAGUCCAAAGGUCAUGUCAUGCACCUUAAGAGUGAAAUUGAAAAGCUAACUAAUGAUUACCUCGGGUUCGUCCACUUCCCGCCUCUGUUGAAGGACGAGCUGGAACAGGAGGUGGAGAGGAGUAAAACUGUUAAUCUGGAGCUUGUGUUUGGGUACCACUGGAAAUCAGGAACGGGCAAAUCUGAUUGCAAAUGGAAAAUGUACGUUGAGCUUGAUGGAGAUGACGUUGCAGUAACCUACAUCAAAGAUGUCAUCUUUAAUGCCAACCGUCAGGAUGUGGAAAUCCUGCGAAUGACUAAGCCACCUUUUGUGAUGGACAAAUGGAUCGUUGGAAUACAGCAGGACCAGAAAGUCGACUACACGAUCAAUUAUGAGAAUGAUGUCAAGUCACCAAAGUGUACCAGACACAGCUGUCCAGUGUCGUGGAGUCUCGGUGGUGGACAGGACGAGAUCAAGACUGUGGAGUUAGUCAUCGAAACAACGCCGACAGCUAACAUCGACUGGAACCUCAGGGACAAGUGUAACUCGGAUAUUGAUCCCACGUGGAUGUACAACGUUAGGCAGAGGCAGAUGAUGACCCAGAAAUCCCUGCAGACGACUGCUGCUCUGACUGGCUUCACUAAAUCUGAUGCCCGCACUCUGCCUCAGUUCCUGUCUGCUCAUGAAAGCCAGGGGUUUUCUUAUGCUGCAGCUGUGCGUCGCUCUCCAAACCGCAGCCAUGUAGCUCCCUGGAUUGACUCGCGAAGCUCCUCGCCAACUGCCAGCCUGUCGGCCAAACUCUCCCCACUCCAUCUUGGGUCAAAGGGCAGCAGCCCUUCCAGCACUACGUCAGAGAGCACCUCCGAGAGAGAACGAGAGCGCCCGCUCAGUGCUGGAGCUGUGUAUGACCACCGCAGAAACAACUACUUUGGCAACACAUUAACUGUGGGAGGGGGGCAGGGUAGGGGGUAUGCAUCGACCAAUACUAGAGGUAACAAUAUUAAUAAUAAAACCAGCAAAACCUCGCGACAGCCAUGGAGGCCACGGUCCAACAGUUACAGUGUCACACCACAGAACCGCCCCUCCAUGAUACCAGGUAUAUUGUCUGUGACAGAAAACCCCAGCGAGGAAAAAGAGGGGGCCAAAGCCAGCGAUGGAGGGUGGAUCAAAGUGGAGCGACAGAAGAGAUUACCACGUCAGGACAAUAAACAAGUCAGAGGUCGACAGAGGAGAGGGGGCAGGGGAGGGCGUGGCGCUGGUGGAAGAACUUAAUGUAGGCCACACAUGAACUGACAGCUUCUUGUGUGUUGAACAUGUCAUGCGCUGAAAAGGUUUUACAUAUGAAUCAUGUCUGGUUACAGGCUCAAAAAUGAACUGCUAGUUUUAAGAGAUUCUCACUGAUGUAUAUACUAUAAGUGUCAACAUAAGCUAUUAUUUUUUAAAACAGGCUUCUGUCAGGUAAACAAAAAUGAGCACACUCAGCAUGUAUUUAUUGUUAUUAUAAAAACCUUUUUUUUGUUAUUAUUAUUAUCUCAAAUUUCUCAAUAGGAGUUCACUUUUUUAAAAACUAUGUGUAUGUGGACUAAACUGUGGAUCACUUUUAAUUUCUUUGACACAAAAUACAUUCAAUGGCCACAUUGAUUUUGCCGCCCAAACCACGACCAAAACCAAAUGUAGUUACCCUCCAUUAUAAAACUGUAACACAUAAACGUAACACAAAAUUACUUCUGCUACAUCUACAUCUGAAAUAAACAGAAAUGCUCCUAAUUAGGACAAACAACACUGUGUUUGUAUUCCUUAAUGACUUCUAUGAAAGACCGGUGUGGAAAGGGGGUGUGUGAGGCAGAAACCAUAACAUUUUGUAAUUGUAGGCAACAAUAUGGCGUUCCACCGGUCUCUUCCAGUCAUGGGGUCACUUUUCCUCCCACCUUACUCUCCAUCCUUCAACCCCAUACAGAGGAAUUAUUGUCCUCAUCAGAAAGUGGAGAGUUUAUGACCACCAACCACAUAAUCACAUGUCUUGGAUGCAAUAAACACUGAAUGUUUGCAGAAGAUUGUCAGGGAUCAGACAUGCAAGAUUACUUCCCAGAAGUAUUACAGGAAAGGGCAUAAGGUUUCAAAUGCAGAAGACCGGGUUGACUAGCACUGUUGUUUUCUAUAUCUGUAGCUAUCCUAUACUUGUAAGUAUAGGAACAAAGUAUAGUUUUGUAAUUGCAAUUACUCUGAGCAAAUAUGUGAAAAAAAAAUCAAGCAUAUUGAAGAAUAUUAUAGGAUUUCUCAUUGAUUUCUGUAACAUAAACUGUAAUGUAACAAUCAAUUUAAUAAAGAAGUGAUCUUUUGGUUGUACUCUUGGUUUAUGAUAAAUAAAUAAAGAAAAACAUGCUUCAAAAAC